AACUCUUGUCUUUAAAUAAUACUCCAGCUGAGGUAGAAGUUUCUGUCUCUCUCCCUUUAACUUUACAUACUCACCGGAAAUUUUACAUCUUCUCUGGCCGAGAAAACCAACUCAUUUCGACGGUAAAAGAGUAAAAUACAAACAUCAUGGAUGUUGAUUUCUGGGGUUCUAGGGUACACUCUUCUACACACCACCUUACUGCUAUGCAAUCCUCAAGAUUCCACUCUGAGAACAAUUUGGGAAUGGUUGAUUCUGACGUGGAUGAAGAUGCUCAGUCUUGUUUCCCAUGCCCUUUUUGUUAUGUUGAAAUUGAAGUUCCAAUGCUUUCUACACAUCUCCAGGAAGAACAUUGCUUCGACGUGAAAAAUUCAGUAUGCCCAUUGUGUGCAGAAAAUCUAGGCAAGGAUAUUGUUGGACAUUUUAUAACCCAACAUUCUCAUAUGCUAAAGCGGAGGCGAAAAUCUCAAAGAUCAGGGUCAUGUACUAAUAACAACUUACCAAUGGUCGGGAAAGAAUUGCGAGAAUUGACUUUGUUUCUUGGGGCAAAUUCACACAUGAGGGGAAACACAUUUGAUUCAAUACCAGAUCCACUUCUAUCACCAUUUCUCUGCGGUAUAUCUCCAACAGGGCCUAAAGUUGUUGAUGAAGAUACAAACUCCAGUACAGAAACAACAGUCACUUUGGAUGUUAAAAGGAAAGAGACAUCUAUGUCGGAUGAAGCUAGAGAACAAGAUUAUCAAGAAAAAAGUGAGAAAGCAGAGUUCUGCCAGCAGUUGGUUCUGUCUACAAUUUUCUAACACCUAGGUCAAUUUCAUUCCUUAUCAUCCAGCUCCAAGUGAGCCAGUUUCUACAGGCACCUUAUUUUUCCUGCUGGAGUUAUCCUUUUAGUAACUCGGAUAGCUGUUGUCACAUGAUAUAUAUGAUAUGUAAUAUCUUAACUUCAACAAAAAUUAUGUGGAAAAUAUCCGCAGAGUACAAUGUUAUUCUGGGUCAUGUAUAUCUAUGUACGUAUGUGUAAAAUCUCUUCACGUUGAAACAUUACGAACAAGUACAAUGUCUCUUUAUCAGACGUGAGGCCAAUUAGUGUUAUUUAUAAGCUUCA